GAAUUGCUGGGCUGUGGUGGUGAGCGUCUCUUUGAUCAUGCGGAAAGCGUAUGCAUAGCCUCGGCAGCUCGCUGUGUACAGAGACAUACACCCGUGCAGGCAGCCCGGAUGGGCCAACCAGGCCACACAGCUGAGGAGAGGAAGUUUCGCGGUGCUGAAGGUGGACCAGAAACGGGUACGUAUGUGCCAGAUAUAGUUGGAUUGAAAGAUGUACCGGUAGGCAUGUGUUUGCGGGAUGCGGGAGAGGCCAGUACGUGUGCGGUGUGUAUAGAAGGAGGUCCUGCGGAGACUGAUAUGCUGUCAUACACGAGCCUAGAUACCUCUGCACUGAGACUCAGCCAUGUGCCAAAGUACGGGGUGAUGGGCACACCUACCGUGACUGACACUCACGUGCACUAUGGGGAAAACACAGACACGGCGAGAAGUACAGACAUACCCACAGGUGCAAACAUGAGG